CCGUGCGUACGUCCACCACCCCCCACCACACUCGAUACACACGACGGAGUGCUUCGGAUCGGGCGGCGUGCCGGGCACCGACUGCGAGCCGGAGUCAAAACACCGCGCACACUGUCUACCGAUGGAAGGGUCCAGAAGCAACCGCGGCCAAACGAGGGAGCAUCUGAGCGACCGUAGGACUGUCGGUGCGGACGAUCACUGACCCUAAACUCAUACCUGUGAAGAAGUGGAGUAACGUUCGGCGGCGUGUGAAGUUUAGCUUUUUUGGCUACGUUCCUUCUUUUUCGCUUGUGUGAGUGGGCGCGCGCGGCUUCGGGGUCUGCUCUGCCCCGGGAAAAAAAGAACCCAUGCCGGCUCCGUAUCGACCCAACAUGGCCGCGCUUCUCGUGUUUUGGCUGUGGGUUGCUGCUGCGGGAUUUCCCUGUGUGUUGUGCUCUGCCGAGACUGUGGGCUUCGAGGCAGCCUUUCAAGGCGAAUGUCGAGUGGACGGCCCGUGCCAACAGAUGUGCUUCGACUUACACGACGGGACGUUCGAGUGUGGUUGCACGCCCGGCUACCGGCUAUCUUCCAACGGCUACAGCUGCCAACCCUUGCAACAAGGAGAACCGGAACCGGAGAACCGGCACAAGGGCGAGUCGCCUACCGUCUCGGCCAGUGACGUCAAACAGAGGACCACAAGCAGCGGCGCUGGAUACGGGAGGCAAACUCCGAUAAUGCGGAGGCGAAUGCACGGAAACACCAUAGACACGCCGGGGAGCCAGAUGAGGCCCGCCCGCACUGACGAGGGAUCUCCUGGAGACGCAGAGUACGAAAACAACGUGGAUGCCAUCCUGGGCGAAGACGCGGAUCUAUCUCGGCAGCAACAGCAUCGCGGCGUCGGCGCCAGCCAGUUGUCCCGCUCGGCGGGUCACAAGCGGACUUCGCAAAGCGGUGCCGAGGCGUCCGACGGUUGGCAGGGUGACGACCCGGGGCCGGCUGCGGCAUCGUGGGACGGCGACCGGCAGCGUUCGUGGCAGGACGACGAUCCUUGGUCAGAGGACGCCCCGUAUUCGUCGGACAAGCAGCGGAAGCGCCGCGGACCGGCUACGGAGGCUGGCGGAGAAGGUAGCCCCUACGAGCCACCGCUCAACACGAUCGCCAUGACCACCGUGGCCACCAUCAACGACCAGGAGUCGGUGGUGGCCCCGGGAAUCGCGUCGCCGUGCCAGCAGCUCUCCUGCUCGAGGACCGGCCGUUGUGUCCAGGACGAACGAACGGGCAGCGUGCGGUGCGCAUGCGCGCUCGGUUACACGGGAGCCUUCUGCGACCAAGAAGUGGACCUGCGACGUCCCCGUUUUUCCGGUUCCUCGUACCUGGCGCUGCCGACGCUGCGGGACGCGCACAAGUCGAUGCAGAUCACGCUCCAGUUCCGGCCGGAGACGCACGACGCCCUCCUCCUUUACUCCGGAGAGACGGCGGAGCUCCAGGGAGACUACUUCGCCAUCCUGCUGUCCAAGGGCUUCGUUGAGUUCAGGUUCGACUGCGGCAUGGGUCCAGGAACACUGCGCAGCGAUCAGCCGGUGCUGCUAAACGCCUGGAACACGCUCACAGUGUACAGGGACCGAUGGGACGCUUGGAUGCAGCUGAACAGCGGUCACCAAGUACAAGGCCGUUCCAAAGGUCUCUUCUCGAGGAUAACGCUGCGGCUCAACGUCUACCUCGGCGGGUCUCCCAACGCCAGCCUCGCUGCCGGCAGGUUGGGCGUCAGAGAAGGAUUAGUGGGCUGCAUUCGACAUCUGGAGAUUAACGGGCGCCGCUACGACUUCCGGUCCACGUCAUUACGAGGCGACGCCAUCGAGGGCCUCGACGUUGACGAAUGUGGCGGCGACGGAUGCAGCGGAGUGAGCUGUCAAAAUGGCGGCCAGUGCAUCGCCAACGGAGUGGAACAGGGUGUAUGCCUCUGUGCCUUGGGCUUCGCGGGAGCCUCGUGUGAAACACCUGUGGAGAUCGUGGUGCCAUCAUUCAAUGGCUCGUCGUACCUCCGGUUCCCCGGACUGGGCAACGACCAUCUGUCGUUCCUGGAUGUCCAACUGGUCAUGAAGCCGUUGUCGCCGCACGGCGUCUUCUUCUACAACGGGGCCAAGAUGGACGGCACGGGUGAUUUCGUGUCGCUCCAGAUGGCCGACGGACACGUCGAAUUCCGCUUCGACCUCUCUACUGGCACCGCAGUAAUGAGGAGUCCCUUCCCGGUGGCCCUGGGCGAGUGGCACAUGGUCAAGGCGUCCCGCACCGGUCGACUGGGAACCCUGAUGAUUGACGGACAACCCAGGGUGGAGGCCCACUCACCGGGCGCAUUCACACAACUGUCGCUUCCGCUGAACCUGUACCUGGGCGGUGUGCCUGACCCCAAGGAGACGGCGGUCGGCGCCGACGUCAUGCAGUCCUUCGUUGGUUGUGUACAAAGGCUGACCAUCAACAACCGGCCCGUGCGAUUGAUGCAAGAGGCCCUGUCUGGGGUAAACGUGGCCAACUGCGUCCAUCCUUGCGUCACGGGUCCCUGUUACAACGGCGGCGCCUGUCAGCCGCGCAUGGAUCUGUACGCCUGCCACUGCAAGCUCGGCUACGCCGGAUCGAACUGCCAGAACGAGGUGAAGGAGGCCAUCGCAGAACCGAUGAUGGGUGGAGCCAGCUACCUUCAUUACACUUCGGAUGACAUCAUGCGAAGGAUACGUGGCGACCAGCUCGACGUGAUCCUAGCCUUCCGGUCGUUCUCGAGUCACGGCCUACUGUUCUGGGCCGGGGACUCCAGCCAACAGAACCGGGGCACCCUCUACUCGCCAUCGGACUACCUGUCCUUGGGGCUGGAGAAGGGUCUACUGACCUUACGAUUCAACCUGGGUUCCGGCGAGGCGCAGCUCUGCUGGAACACUACGCGGGUCGAUGACGGACGCUGGCAUCGUGCAGCUCUGAGCCGGAGCCGUCAGCUGGCAACGCUGGGCCUGGACGGGACAUCACCCGUGGCGGUGACGUCACCGGGACGACUGAGGCAGCUCAACGUGCGCAGCGGACUGUACAUCGGUGGCAUCGGCGACGUUACCCACGUGACCAGAGGGCGCUACAAGUCCGGCUUGGUCGGUUGUGUUGCGAAUCUCACCCUCGCCGGAGACUACCACGUGCGACUCGUGUCACACGCUGCCACGGGCAUCAACGUACAACCCUGCCUUUGAGCAGGAGGCGGCGCACCGCACGUACCGCUGCCUGCAGAAGUUACGACGAGGCUCAGAGAACGGCGUUCCAGGGUAACCCCAGAGAUCCGUUGUGCCCGCACCUUCGUUUGGCCACUAGGACUGGUACUUCACGUGAGCGCUCUCCAGAAGAGCAACGCGGCAGUAGCAGGCAGAUGAAUCGUCGUAUAGCGACAGCCAAGGGAUGACUGGCCUGUCCGAAUUGCGACGUACGCACCGAAAGUCAAACGCUAUGACAGCAUUGCGCGCCGUACCACUCAUGUAGGAACCCCACUAGUCCACAUACAUAGACUGCCCCCUUCGUUCCAUGACGCGCCAAGAGCAAUCUCUCGAUUGCCAGAUUCCCCGGGGACCAUUAACGAGCGACGCUGGGGUUGCCCUGGAUGCGAGGUAGACGACGAAACAAAAGCUCGGAAAGUAUGGAUGACACGUGCGGAAAUUCUGGAUCUGCCUGCCACGGAGACAGCUUUUCCGACGUCUAGAAACUACGCAAGUGCCCACACCACCAUUAUAGCCCCACUGUUACCCGCGACAUCACAAAGUAUGGCCACAAGCAGUCGGACGUUACGUGACAAUGUCGUCCGAUGUACCGUCGUGGCAUGGACUCUUGUUGAGUUGGCCCGAAUAGACGUGUGUAGUGCUUUAAUUAACCCAAUGGAUUGUGUGUCGCCGUAUAUAUCCCCGCCGAACAAUGCGGGGGCCACUACGACACCCGACAGCUUUGCUACGUCUUCAAGCAUGCAAACAAGGGACUGCCACCGACAAUGACUAGUGAUGUACUGUGGAAUGCGUGUGAACAGCCGAAAGCAUGCGUUACGGCAUGGUGUACACUUGAUCAUCCUUACACGGUUACAGCUAAUGUUUCAGCGCCUUGUCUCAUUCCUGUAGGUGUACAAUCACAGCACACGGUAAUUCGCUGCAACGUGCGGAUGUGCAUUGCAGGACGGCUAUCCUUCGUUCCUGAAAUUGCAAAUUGGUGACGAAUUCGGUAGGA